AUGGCGCCACCAAACAGACGGGAUCAAGAGACGCAGGAGAGUCUAACGCGUAUUGCCAUCGUCAACUCCGACAAGUGCAAACCAAAGCGAUGUCGACUGGAGUGCAAAAAGUCCUGUCCCGUGGUGCGAAUGGGCAAGCUGUGCAUUGAGGUGACCGUCAAUGACAAAAUCUCAAAAAUCAGCGAAGAGCUGUGCAUCGGCUGUGGUAUCUGCGUCAAAAAAUGUCCCCUAGAAGCUAUUACAAUCAUCAAUCUGCCCUCGAAUUUAACCUCGCAAACCACUCAUCGCUAUGGCCAAAAUACGUUCAAACUGCACCGUCUGCCGACGCCUCGGCCAGGUGAGGUGCUCGGCCUUGUGGGCACCAACGGUAUCGGCAAGUCAACGGCCAUCAAAGUACUGGCCGGAAAGCUGAAACCCAACUUGGGCCGAUUCGGCGCCGAUCAGCCUGACUGGCAGGAGAUUCUCGUCUACUUUCGAGGCUCUGAACUGCAGAACUACUUUACGCGCAUUCUGGAGGACGACCUGAAGGCGAUCGUCAAGCCGCA